GGAGCUGUGGGCUUGUUUCCUGCGGGCUGGCAAAGUUUUGUUUCCGGUUCAUCAGGGUGAACGAGUGCAGAUGCACAUAGCGGAUUGGGAGCCGAGAGGGAUGCUGAGCAGACAUGGAACCCCAGGUUGGGUUCUGGAUCUGUGGCUGGUACCUUAGUUUUCUCCUCUUGUCCCUUGUCCGUCAGACAACUUCAGGGGACUGUAAAGGUCAACGCAUUGUGCUCCGGAGUUCCCCGGGAUAUGUGAGCGAUGGCCCUGGGAACUAUUCAGUCAAUGGAAACUGCGAGUGGUUAAUAGAAGCCCCUAACAACAACUAUCGCAUUUUGCUAAGUUUCCUGUUUAUGGAGACAGAGUGCGCAUAUGAUUACCUCUUUGUUUAUGAUGGUGACUCGUAUAGCGAUCGACUGCUGGCCAGUCUGAGUGGAAGUAGCCUGCCAAGCACUCUAGAGGCCACCUCCGGGAAGAUGCUCCUUCAUCUCUUUAGUGAUGCAAACUAUAACCUACUGGGGUUUAAUGCCACUUAUAGCUUUUCCCUAUGCCCACACGGAUGUUCUGGGCAUGGCUUAUGCCAGGAAAACUCGCAGUGCCUUUGUGACCUUGGCUGGAGUGGAGAAGGCUGUCAGGUGCCCAGCUGCAGAUCAUAUGCCCAGCAUGGAAUUUGCAACCAGGAGAAUCAGCGCUGUGUGUGUUCACCUGGGUACAUGGGGGAGAGGUGUGACUUGUCACUGACCGAUAAUCAGGGUGCAGGAAACUGGUACAAUGUGAGUAGUCUGGACCCCAUUUUCACCCCAAGAGCUGCAGCUGCUGGAGCCUUUCUGCCACCAACCAACUCUCUCUACAUCUUUGGGGGUUCAGAUUUGAAUUCUCCACUAGGAGAUCUCCUUAUUUAUAAUUUCACUUCUAAUACUUGGGAGAGGAAAAUGUAUCAUGGCGGCCCGGCUGCACGCCAUUCACAUAUAGUGGUGGAGUGGAAUGGGACCCUUAUUUUAUUUGGAGGGGAACUGGCUUGGGGAAACUUGACUGGAGAUACGUGGGUGUUUUUACCACUGGAAGAACGCUGGAUGGAGCUAACACAUUACAGCACUCUGCAUCCACCUCCAGUUGCAAACCAUGCCGCAGCCUCUGUAGAUAACUGGCUUUAUGUGUUUGGAGGUCGAACCUCACAGGAUGUGUUUUCAUCACAAAUGUUCCGUUUAAACCUAAUUUCUUGGGAAUGGGAGCUGGUCCUUUCAGGAGGUGGGAAGCCUCCAGCUGCUGCUGGUCACUCUAUGGUGUUUCAUGCUGCUUCUCGCACACUGCUUAUUUUUGGGGGGCAUCGGCCUUCUACAGCAAGGUUUAGCGUGCGCGUUAAUACCACAGAUCUUUUUCAUGUGGAUCUGAAUUACUGGACCACACUCAGACCACGAGAUGGGAAUCGGGGGCCACGAGAGAGAGCUUUUCACAGUGCCACAGUCAUUGGAAACUAUAUGGUCAUAUACGGUGGAAACUUGCACAUUCAUCACCAUGAAGAAAAGUGUUACGAUGAGGAAAUAUUUUUUUACCAUCUUGGCUGCCACCAGUGGGUUCCCAGCAAGAUCAUGAGUCAAAUCGUAUCCAACUAUCAGGGUAAACAAGCUAUGGGUGGUGGGAGAUAUUCCCAUGUAGCUGCUUUAAUGAAAGGCAGGGUCUUGCUGAUAGCUGGAGGGUACAGUGGCUUUCCCCGUGAUGACCUUCUUGCUUUCAAGGUGCCAGUAUCUGUAUACCAGACUGCUGUUCAGGAUUAUCACCUUGACUACUGCCACAUGUAUACAGAUGAGGUCACAUGCUCCAAAGAUCCUGAAUGCACUUGGUGCCAAACAAGUUGCCAGACUCCCCAGCCCAAUAAAAAUUGCUCUGAUAAAAGCUGCUUGGGACUAGCGCGACUCCUUUCUGACUGUCAGUCAUGCCUGGCCUUCAGCACCAACAUGACUUCAUCCUCUCAUAUUAAGCGCACUUUUGGCUGGUGUGUUCAAAAUGAAACCUGCAUGCCAAUUUCAGAACGUUCAUCAUGCAGUGUUGGACAAAUAUCUGGCAUGCAUGGCUGGUGGGGAACUGCCACUACAUUUAUCACCACUCUGGACGGUUGUCGAACUCACAAUUUUUUGCCAGGCCUUCACCUCAUCACUUAUCAUCAUCCUCGUAAUGAAUCUCAGCCUGAUGGGGUGUCUCUAGUACGUAAUACGAAAAUAUCUAUGACUCCCAGCACCGAAAUGGAUGUGUCUCUGGUGUAUAAAGGAUUUCUGUAUCCAAUGCUGAGUCCAGGCUCAUCCCCAGAACGAGUUUCUAUCUGGGUUCGUAUCCAGAGAUUCUUUGUCAUCGCCCGUCUGGGUCGCGCCCCCGGCAGCCUUUCCAGUUUGGAAGAAGUUGGGCGUUGGUCUGCGCACCAAGAAAAAGAGGAGCGUCGCCUUCAGAGAAACAGCGGGGAGCAACUGUUCCCAAAUGCUGAGCGUGGAAGUCGGUACGCAGUGCAGAUAGAGGGCUAUCUGAACAAUACUGGGAAUGGACAUGCAAGUGAGCUGAGUUUGAUGUGGGACCGCACUGGUGUUCCUGGUGGCAGUGAGAUCUCUUUUCUUUUUUUGGAGCCCCAUCGAUCUGACAAUUGCUCUGGGUACCCUUCCUGUUUGGCUUGUUUGGCGGAUCAAGGAUGUGGCUGGUGUCCCCAGAAUUUUAAAUGUUACCAGCGCCUUGCUGGAGAAGGGGCGGAGACAUGCAAGGACAACCCCUUAAUCUUAUCACCUAGCAACUGUCAGCUGUGUGAAGAAUACAGAGAAUGUGAGACCUGUGCUAAGGAUGCAUAUUGUGAGUGGCAGACACACAGUAGUAAGAAAGGGGAUUCCCUGUGCAGUCGUAGAGGUCGAGUGCGUAACUCCAUCAGAACCACUGAAGCCUGCCCUAAGGCCUGCAACCAACGCCUGAGCUGUUCUGAGUGUCUCUCCAACUCCAGUCACUGCGCUUGGUGUCAAUCGACAGGAAAGUGCUUCUAUUUCGCAGCCUAUCUAGCAAAGUAUGCUUAUGGGGAUUGCCGAGACUGGUAUGACAGUGUGCACUCAGCUCCUCAAUGCACAGAUUGCUCUGCAUAUACCACAUGCCGCGAUUGUCUGAAGAACUUUGAAUGUGGUUGGUGUGGGAACUCUGAUAACCCCACUGUUGGACGGUGCUUCUCUGGGGAUUUCUCUGGCCUGCGGGGCUAUUCCAAUUGCGCUCAAGCCCUUUCACUGUCCGGACUCACUGAACCAACAGAGCCAGCACAGUGGUCCUAUUCUUUUUGCCCAGAUGUUGAUGAGUGUAGGCUUGAGAUGGCCACCUGCCACCAGCAUGCCACUUGCAGAAACACUCCUGAAUCCUAUGAAUGUCACUGUAAUCGUGGAUACAGUGGUGAUGGCAUAACGCAUUGUAACCAAACGUGUUAUAAUGAAUGCUCUCAUGGAACAUGCAGUGGGCCUCCCUCUUACACUUGUGUGUGUGACCUUGGCUGGACAUCAGACUACACAGCUGUGAAUGAGAGUGGAGUGGAAUGCAGUGUAGACUGUGGAUGCCAUUUUCACAGCACCUGCAAACAUGGCAGAGGCAUCUGUGAUUCCUGCCAGGACUGGACACAAGGUGAAUAUUGCCAGGAGUGCCAGCCUGGAAGCUUUGGAAGUGCCAUCCAAAAGCCUGGGUGCCAAGAGUGUACGUGCCAUAAGCAUGGGAGAGCUGACCAGGGCUAUUGUGACCGAGAUACAGGAUUAUGUCACUGUAGUGACAACACCCAAGGGGAUCACUGUGAGAAGUGUGCAUCUGGAUAUUAUGGGGAUCCAAGGAAUGGCGGUACUUGUUAUCUAGAGUGCCAGGGCCGGCAGUUCAUCCCCAAUGUGACAUCCUCUGCUUUGGGCUCUCCGGCUGGCUCGUACUGUCUGUGGGUGCUAAGUGUAUCUGAAAAUGCCAAGCCGUGUGUCCCAGAUGUUAAUUGUUCUAGAUUGACCUUAACUCUACAACCCGAUCUAAGAGUUAACUGCACACACAGCUAUGUGUACAUGUUUGAUGGGAUUCCAGGAUUCCUAGACACUGGCCUUUUGCAGUCAGACCGCAGCUUGCUUGGGGCUUUUUGUGGCCAGGGGCGAGGAGCAACGCCUAUAACUGUAGAGGCCACUACAGGUGUCCUAGUAGUGUAUUAUGAAGCCAACAACACUGAACCAGCAGGUUUUAAUGCCACAUAUAAAGUGCAUGUGUGUUAUCCACCAUGUGGACCCAGUCAGGUGUGCCAGGGGCAAAAAUGUGUAUGCCGGAACCCUCUGUCUGACCCAAGCUGCCAGCGUUUGGUGUGUCCCAAAAACUGCUCUGCAGAAGAUGGACAAGGAGUCUGCAAUCAGACCCUGGGUUUUUGCCUUUGCUAUCCUGGCUAUGCUGGGGAAGACUGCUCAUUGCCUCUGGCAGGGAAGAUUGUAUGGGAGAAUCUGAUAGACCCUCAGUUAACCGCGGAUACUGCAAGCCGCUUCCUUCACAGAUUGGGCCACACCAUGGUAGAGGGCCCAGAUAACACACUCUGGAUGUUUGGAGGCCUCUCACUAAGAGAUGGAGUGCUGGGGAGCGUGUAUAGAUACGCUAUCUCAGAACGGCGUUGGACACAGAUGCUGGCUGGUACAGAAGGUGGGGGUCCUGGCCCAUCUUCACGGUACUUCCAUGCAGCAGCAUAUAACUCCUUGCGCAAUGCUAUGUAUGUAGUAGGUGGACUUACUGCCCAGGGAGCUUCCAAAGACUUCUGGGUGCUGAACCUAACUACUCUACAGUGGAGAUUAGAAUCUGCCCCGCUAGUGCCACCAGUGGCUGGUCACACACUUACAUCUCGUCGUGGAUCUUCCCUUCUUCUUAUUGGUGGAUAUUCCCCAGAGAAUGGAUUUAAUAACCGUGUCCUGGAAUACAGCACUGAGUUAGAAACCUGGAAGGUGGGCCACCAGACUGGAACUCCUCCCACAGGUUUGUAUGCCCAUUCCACUGUGUACCAUGAGGGUACUGAUGCGUUCUAUGUGUUUGGUGGGCAGCGAUUUCAUGUGGAGGCAGUGACUGCUUCUGCUGAACUCUACAGCUUGUAUUAUCCCAAUCUCACCUGGAGCCUUCUUGCACCCUCUCAAGGAAGAAAGCCCUUAUCUCACUUCUUCCACGUUGCCGCCAUACUGAGGGAUACAAUGAUAGUGGUUGGUGGACGCACAGAGCAACAAGAAUACAGCAAUCAUAUUCUCUUCUACCAGAUCCACUGCAAUUCAUGGAUCCGCCCCAACCGAAGUGAUAUGGUGUUGGGGCUCCCCAUGAACAAAUCUAUAGGCCAUACUGUUGCAGUUGUUGGUGGCCGGCUUUACAUCUCUGGAGGAUUUAAUGGUGUGGCACUAGGACGCAUGUUGACCCUCACUGUACCCUCUGACCCCUGCCUGUUGUUCAGCACUAAUGCCACCUGUAGCCAGAGCUUGGGCAGUUGUGUUUGGUGCCAGCACAGCUGUGUAUCUGCAGAUACAGCCAAUAGGAGUGGCUGCCCCCUACCCAUCACUUCUUGUUACCCUCUGCCACGGUCAGCAGAUGAUUGCAGGAGGUUGAAGACUUGCAGUGAAUGUCUGGCGCAGCACCCUCGCUCUAUGAGUACUCCGCUUUCAAUGGGCUCCCCACGCUGUAAGUGGUGCACAAACUGCCCCGAGGGAGCCUGCAUUGGCAAUGAUGGUAGCUGCACCUCUGAAAAUGACUGUCGUAUUAACCAGCGUGAGAUAUUCUUGGCCAGUAACUGCUCUGAAAUUUCAUGUGAAGCAUCUGACUGCCACAAAUGCACUGCUUCAGGGAAAUGCAUGUGGACCAGACAGUUUAAGCGCACAGGGGAGACACGACGGAUACUAAGUGUGCAACCUACUUAUGACUGGACUUGUUUCAGCCACUCAUUGCUCAAUGUAUCUCCAAUGCCAGUGGAAUCAUCUCCUCCCCUUCCCUGUCCAACACCCUGUCACAAUUACAGCACGUGCCAUGAUUGUCUAAGCUCCAAGGGUGCCGAUGGCGGUUGGCAGCAGUGUGUUUGGAGUGUAGCUCUUAGCCAGUGCAUGAGCCCCACUUUCCUGCCAAUGCGCUGCGCUGCAGGAGCCUGUGGCCGAGUCCUCAGUGGUACAGAGAGCUGUUCCCCUUCAUGCUCCCGUCACACUCACUGCGCAGCCUGUAUCCAGCACCCCAGAUGUGGAUGGUGUGCACGCCGAGAGGGCAAUGGUGAUGGGGAAUGCAUGGAAGGGGGCCUUAAUGGCCCUACACAAGGGGAGCAGUGCUUCUCAGAUGAUUCUGACUGGGCCUUCAUGUCUUGCCCCCCUGAGAAUGAGUGUUUGAAUCAACAUCAUGAUUGCAACGAAACCCAGAACUGCAGUGACCUGCCCAAUGGGUUCCAGUGCACAUGCAAGAAAGGAUACACUUUGCAUAAUGUGACAGGUCUGUGCCGCCCUGUGUGUGAUCAUGGCUGUGUGAAUGGGACUUGUGUGGAGCCCAACCGAUGCCGAUGUGACUUUGGCUAUGUGGGAGAGAACUGCUCUGUCGCCUGCCCCUGCAACAAACACAGCAAUUGCUUGGGACUGGGGGUCGAGGACAAGUGUGAAGAAUGCCGCAACAAUACCAUGGGGACACACUGUGAGAAAUGCAAACCUCUAUUUGUGGGUUCGGCAAUAAAUGGCGGAACAUGCCGAUCAUGCUUUGAUUUCUGCCGUGGGAACAGUGAAGUAUGCCUGAGGAGGGAGGAACAUGAGAUUGCCUUGAGGGAACCUGAGAAGUAUCCACUGGACCCCAGAUCAGUGUCAGUGUGGGUUUCCCAGGGCCCCACAGAGGAUACAGCAGUCUGUGUGAACUGCCAGAAUAACAGCUGUGGGGAAAAGUGUGACCAGUGCCUGCCGGGUUACUUCCUUUUGGAUAAACGUUGCACCAAAUGUCAAUGCAACGGACACGCAGAUACUUGUAGUGAGAUUGACGGCACAAACUGUCCCUGCAGCAAUAACACAGAAACUGGAAACUGCCAGAACAGCCCACAGAGCGAAAAGAAAGACUGCUACAAAUACCAGUGUGCUAAAUGCAAGGAUUCUUUUCAUGGUAACCCAGUGAAUGGGCGCCAGUGUUAUCGCUUGAUGACCGUGGAACAAGAGUAUUGCUUUGAUCCGACAUCUCAGAGUAACUGCUUUCAUGAGCCCAACAUCCAGAAUCUUCCAUUUGGACGCACAGUCUUCUUUGGUGUGCAGCCCAAGUUCACCAAUGUCGAUAUCAGGGUCACGGUCGAUGUGACCUUCGGUUGUGUCGAUGUCUUUGUUUCCACCUCCUACGAGACUUUUUCUGUUGAAGUAGAUCCGCUGACAGGGGUUCAUGGAGUGCGUGUACAUCACAGCCAGUCGGACCUGGAUGGGCACAUAGGCCCUGAACCCUUAACUGCUUCUGCAAAUGGGAGCUUAGGACGUGCAGUGGGUAAGAUUCACUGGCUGCGUGAGGAGCGCCCACGUGGGCUGAUUACGUACAUCACAGUGAGCAACCAGCAGACUGUACUUAUUGUACGAGGAGUCAGGGACCGAGUGGUUAUUACUUAUCCCCACGAACUACACACUCUAAAAUCCAGCCGCUUCUAUCUGCUGCUGCUGGGAAACUCAAGCAAUGGAUCAGGGGAGUCUCAAGGACUACUGUUCUUCCGACAGGACCAGGCACACAUCGAUCUCUUUGUUUUCUUUUCUGUUUUCUUCAGCUGCUUCUUCCUAUUCCUCUCAGCCUGUGUUUUGCUUUGGAAGGUCAAGCAGUGGCUGGAUGUGCGCAGAGAGCAGAGGCGCCACCUUCAGGAAAUGAGCAAGAUGGCCAGCAGGCCAUUCGCCAAACUAACUGUGUACUUUCAGCCAGACGUGGAACCGUUAAGUGGAUGCCAUUCAGGGGGACCAAUUUUACCAUCACUUCCUCAUCACCACCACCACCAUCAUCACCAUCACCAUCGCUCCAAACCAAGAGUAAAGUCAUAUGAUCCAUCUGCUCCACAGCCUCCAUCUCUUCGCCACUCGGACCCUUUCCUUUCUCAGUUACUGGGUUACACUUAUUGCAAUUUUAGAGUGGGGCCCAUUACACUGGAGCCCACGGACGACGGUAUGGCUGGGGUGGUCACACUUCUUUUACAACUGCCUGGGGGUGCCCAAGCACCCAACAGAGCCUGCUUAGGCUCAGCGCUGGUCACCUUGCGCCACAACCUGCAAGAAUACUGUGGCCCCAGCCAUGUAGUCAGCAGCUCCAGGAAGGGACUCCUAAGUCAUGAGAACUUGACUAGCAUGUCACUUUAAUUUUUGAAGGAGCAGAAGAAAGAAAAAACUGACAUAGUAAAUUAUAGUAGAUGAUGGUUUUGGAUUGCUGUGCAAGAGGGGACUUGCGUUGAUGAAUGGUUUUCUUUUUUUUUUUUUGCACAGAACAAAGAACUGCACCAAAUUCCAUGCAACCAAGUGUUUGCACUGAAAUGUAAAUGCCAGUUUUAUGUGGGAGGGUCCUUGAUUUCAUAGGGUUAUUUAUGAUGGCUUAGUGCAAUGAUACUUUUUUUUUUUUUUUUUUUUUUACUGGGGUAUGGAUUCAGGAGGAUUCAGGGAACUCUAAAGGACUGAAUCUCCUGUUGUUCUGUUACAAAGGGAGAAAACAAUUGCCUUGUUUGUAGGCAGCUUAACACUAAGGUAUUUAUUUUCAACAGAAAUGACUGUUACAGAGCAGUGUUCCUGCUUAAUAAAUAUGCUCCACACGUUCUCUGAGAUAUUCUGCCUUCCAAGUAGAUUAUGGCUCAUUUCUCUAGAGAAAAUAUAUGUAAAAGUAAGGCAAAUGUCAGAAAUGGUGACAGCUGUUCCACUGAGAUUCUAACCUUGGGAAGGUUCUGAAACUUUGAUUGCCCACAUGUUGGGGAAACCCUGUAAAAUUUCCGAGUUUUAAGUUUAAACUCUUAAGUUGUAAAUGGCGACAGGUAGGUUGAACCUUGGGAAGGUGUUAAUGCUGUGGUUGCCUUCAGGACAAUAAGUUGUUCUAACCUUGUGAAGGUUGAAAAGCUUUGAGUGGCUACAGGUUGGUCUAAUCAUGUCAAGGUUCUAAAGCUUUGGCUACAGGUUGGUCUACCCUGGUCAAGGUUCUAAAGCUUUGGCUACAGGUUGGUCUACCCUGGUCAAGGUUCUAAAGCUUUGGCUACAGGUUGGUCUAAUUAUGUCAAGGUUCUAAAGCUUUGGCUACAGGUUAGUCUACCCUGGUCAAGGUUCUAAAGCUUUGGCUACAGGUUGGUGUACCCUGGUCAAUGUUCUAAAGCUUUGGCUACAGGUUGGUCUACCCUAGUUAAGGUUCUAAAGCUUUGGCUACAGGUUGGUCUAUCCUUUUCAAGGUUACAAAGCUUGUAACAGGUUACAGGUUGGUGUAACCAUGUGAAGGUUAAGGCUAAAGCUUUAACUGGCUUCACAUUUAGGCAUUUCAUGGCCUUGAUGCUUUUACUGGAUAUGAGUUGUUCCGAGCCCUGCCUUCUUAAAGGUUUUCUUCACACAAAUACACAGCCAUUACAACUGAAAGCCAGCUGCACUGAGAAUUACUAAUGUGUAUAGUGGUGGAAUUUAUUGGCCAGUAAAGUGAUGGGAAAGCCAUGUAUCAGUAUUGAAAUAAAACCUGUAUGUGUGCUACAUAA